AUGGAAAUAAUUGAAACUAUCAGUAGUCUUCCAGUACAAAAUCCAGAAAGGGAAGACUUCUCAUCGGCUGAUUUGAUGUGGACAAAGUUUGGAACGGCAGAGCGAUAUGAUGAUGUGGCUCUUAUUCCAUAUGCACGAGUUGAUGAGUUUAUUAUUGGAGAAUGUACUAAUGUUGAGUUCCCAACAAGGUUCCACAUUGAAAGGGGGCGAAAACGAACCAAAAGGAGUUUGAAGGAAUACAAAGAUGAUGAGUAUUUAGAGUAUAGGAUGUAUUGGUGUUCCUUUGGCCCUGAAAAUUACGGAGAAGGUGGAGGUAUAUUACCAAGUCGAAGAUAUCGGUUAAACACUCGAAAUCGUGCAGCUAGACCUCAAUCCAUGAGGGGCUGUACAUGCCAUUUCGUAGUGAAGCGUCUUUACGCCCGUCCAUCUCUUUCUCUUAUCAUAUAUAAUGAUAGGCGUCAUGUAAAUAAGGCUGGUUUUGUCUGCCAUGGGCCACUGGAUAGAGACGCAAUAGGCCCCGGUGCCAAGAAGAUUCCGUAUGUAUGCAGUGAAGUUCAACAGCAAACCAUGUCGAUGAUCUACCUUGGCAUCCCUGAGGAAAAUGUUUUGGAGAAGCAUAUGGAGGGUAUUCAACGUUAUUGUGGUUCUGAUGCAAAAGUCAAAAGCCUAGCUUCUCAAUAUGUCCACAAACUUGGGAUGAUUAUCAAACGUUCCACUCAUGAGUUGGAUCUAGAUGACCAAGCUAGCAUACGCUUGUGGAUUGAACGCAAUAAGAAAUCUAUUUUCUUUUAUCAGGAUACAUCAGAAACCGAUCCUUUCAUUUUGGGAAUCCAAACUGAAUGGCAGUUGCAGCAAAUGAUUCGUUUUGGCCAUCGAAAUAUCAUAGCAAUUGAUUCAACAUUUGGAAUAAAAAGAUUAAAGUACCCAUUGUGCACGCUGCUUGUGUUUGACUCCAGACAACAUGCACUCCCCGUUGCUUGGGUUAUUACUCGUAGCAUUGCCAAGCUGGAUGUGGCAAAGUGGAUGAAAGCUGUACUCCUUCGUGUUCGUGCUGUUGAUCCUGGAUGGAAGGUCAAUGGAAUUAUUAUUGACGAUGCAGUUGCAGAGAUUGAUCCCAUAAGGGAGACUUUUUCUUGCCCUAUACUAUUUUCUCUUUGGCGAAUUCGCAGAUCAUGGCUAAAGCAUGUGGUUAAGAAAUGCAUCAACAUAGAAGUUCAACGAGAGAUGUUUAAACACCUGGGACAAAUAGUGUACAGCAUAUGGGGUGGAGUGGAUUUUGGCGCUGCUUUAGAGAAGUUUUUUCUUGAUUUUGUUGAUCAAACUUCCUUUAUGCAAUACUUCAAGGACUCUUGGGUGCCUAAAAUUGAAAUGUGGCUCACGUCAAUGAAGAUGCUUCCACUUGCAAGCCAGGAGGCAUCUGGUGCACUUGAAGCAUAUCAUGUGAAGCUGAAAGCUAAAUUAUAUGAUGAUGCAAAUCUUGGUUCACUCAAGAGGGUUGAUUGGUUAGUGCACAGGUUGACAACUGAGUUACACUCGAGCUACUGGCUUGACCGUUAUGCAGACGAAAGUGAUUCAUUUCAAAAUGUGAAGGAGGAAUAUAUUACUUCUACUUCAUGGCAUCGGGCCCUGCAAAUCCCUGACAGUGCUGUUACUUUGGAUGAUAAGGAUCGCCUCUUUGCUAAGGUUUUGAGUCAGAAAGACAGCAGCCUAACACGUCAUGUGUGGAAUCCUGGUUCUGAAUUUGCACAUUGUGAUUGCAUGUGGUCAUUGCAAGGAAACCUCUGCAAACAUGUUAUUAAGGUCAAUAUGAUUUGUGAAAAUCUCAAGUGCUAUCAACCUUCGAUGUCAUUUCAGUCAUUUAAAAAUAUCUUGAUGGAUCUCUGGAUAAAACCACUUGAUGAUUCAGUUGCUUUGGACCUCUCAACUGCCUGGACUCACCAAAUGCUCGAUCAAAUUCAAAAGCUUGUGGAGCUGAAUAACUCCAGUGAUAUUGGAAAUGUAGUAAAUAAUAUGCCAUUGAAGUGGGUUGCUAAGAAAGGCAGAACAUCAUGUGGCAAGCCAUGUUCGACGCUUUCUUUGCCCUCUAGCUCCAAGAAUGGCACAAAGAAUGCUGCUGCGUGUAAAAGGAAUAGGAAGAGGAAGAGAUUGUCUCGUUUAAGAUAA